AUGGCUAUUUGCAGGAUGGAGAGCCCAGAAACCAGUAGCUGCUCAGUCCAAGAGUUGGAGUCUCGGAAUGAGAGGGAACAGUGGUGCAGCCCCAGUCUGAGGCUGAAGGCCUGGAAGUUCCCAGGAGAGUUGCUGCAUCAUGCCGCAGUACAGCUGUACCAGGGCAGUGUGACACGUUGCCAAGGGACCAAAGAAAAUGCCUGGAUAUGGAGAAAUGCCUGGAGGGAGGGUCUAGUGGUGAUAGGCCAAAGAGGUAGCACCUCUGUCCAGUGGUGGCCAUUUGGUCGUUCCAAUGAGCAGCGGGCGCGGGAAGCUGGAGCCCGCCCCAGGCGCAGCCGCGCGCCUCCCUCCACCUCCCUGCCGGUUCUUUUCACCCUGAGCGCCGCUCCAGCCCGGAGGCGCCCCGUCUCCUGCCCAGCCAUGGGGAGCCCUACGCUUCUUUUUCUGCUUUCAGUGGUGCUAAUCGCGAUGGACAGCGAGGCCGAUGAAGCAGAGUGUAACAAUACGCGGCAAGCUGCAUGUGGUGGAAAGUGCAUUCCUGUGGCCUGGCUCUGCAAUGGUGAGCAAGAGUGCGCAGAUGGAACUGACGAACAGUGUGAGGAAGCAUGCCGUGGACAUCCACAAGCCUGGCAGUGUGACGAUGGGAGGUGCAUUUCUGUCAGUUGGCUUUGUGAUGGUGCUGGGGACUGCUUGGAUGGCUCCGAUGAGGUUGAUUGUGACGUGAAGGUGACAGCAUGUCCAGACCAUAAAGUCCAGUGUCCAGGAAAGUCUCGGUGCCUGGAUGCUGGGGAACUCUGCGAUCUCCAUCAGGACUGUGCAGAAGGGUCCGACAGAGCACACUGCCCCCAGAGCCAUUGUCUGGCUGGGCAGUGGCAGUGCCAGAACAAGGUGUGUGUGAUGGACAGCUGGAGGUGCGAUGGCAUCGACCAGUGUGGCGACUCCUCAGAUGAGCACGUCUGUGCUUCCUGUCCAGAAGGCCUGGUUGGAUGUGAUGAAGGGAGAUGCAUCCCAGAAUCUCUGAUGUGUGAUGGGGAAGCAGACUGUGCAGAUGGCACCGAUGAACCCACCACAUGUGGUAAAAACUGCUCUGUGAUGAACGGUGGCUGUGAAGGCCAGUGCAGUGACACACACUGGGGUGUCCGGUGUUCCUGCAGGGCAGGAUGGUGGUUGCAGCCCGACGGGCAGAGCUGUGCAGAUAUAGAUGAAUGCUCUAUGGUGUUCAGUCCUUGUGGCCAGCUAUGUCACAAUACACCAGGCUCUUACUCCUGUGACUGUAUUCAAGGUUACCAACUGAACAAUGGGACUGAAUGUCGAGUUACAGAUGAUGGUAUUAAAAUUCUUAUAGCAAGAGAUCAAGAGCUUGGUUUCCUGGAUCGAAGAACAGGCAACUAUGAGACUCUGAUUCCUAUAAAAUCAAGGCCCAUUUCUAUUGCAUAUGACCUUGAGAGAAGCACAUAUAUCUGGGUAGAUGAAGUCCUAAAUGUGUUUGUCCUUGGGAAACCAAACUCUGUUCCCCUUUACCCAGAGCUCACAGCGGUGAAUAGCAUCUCCUUGGACUGGUCCACAGGACAGUUGUAUUGGGCUAGCAGCUUUGCAAGGGUCAUCUGUGCUGGCUUAAGUGAUGGCAGAGGCUAUGUCAAAAUUUUGGAAAAGGAUCUUGUGCCAGAGCAGCUGGUUGUGUUUCCUGAAAAGAAGUACUUGUAUUGGGUGAAUCGAGGUGGGACAGGCGUGAGGGCUGUUGAGUCUGCAGGCAUGGAUGGCUCUGACAGGAAGGUGCUCACUGUCCUAACCACAGAGGAGCCUUUAGGACUGACGUUGGACCAUGUGACUGGCAGGCUCUACUGGAUCAGUGAACACAAAAAGUCCAUAGAGACAGUGAAAGUGGAUGGAAGCGGGAGGUACACCUUUCCUGAGAUCUUCCUGGAAGAUGAAAACCCAGUAGGACUGGCUGUCUUUGAGAACUCUUUCUUCUGGGCAAAUAAGACACAGCUGUUUCAUACCUCACCCCACAGCCCAAAGGAGAGAGAGCUGUUACUGGAUGCCUCUGUAUCUGCUUUCUUGGUCCUCCACAAGUCCCAGCAGCCUAAGGCAGGCAGACACCCAGCUUGUGCUCCAGGCUCCUGCAGCCACUUAUGCCUUCUGUCUCCUGUCCACCCCAAGGGCUAUAAGUGUGUUUGUCCUGAAGGAAUGUUUCUUUCACCUUCUGGCACAUGUAGUGAGUUAAAACUUGUGUUUUCUUCUGGCAAACGUCUGUACUUGUUGAAAGUUGGCUCUAUGGGAUCUGCCAUAGAGAGAACUCUAGUUGAAGAACAUUCUGGGAACAUCUAUUUAUUGGAUAUUGACUGGAAAAGGAACCUCAUCUAUUGGACGAAUGCUCAGGGACAUCUGGUCUACUCAACUGGGUAUUCUGGACAAAAGCUAGAGAUCUGGACACGGCGUACUGUCUGCUCAGCAAAUGUAGACAUAUCAACAGGGCACCUGUUCUGGCUGCCUUGCGACAGAGGUGCUAUCCAGAAGACCAGCAUUCCUGGAGCCGACACACAUACCCUCUACAGCACCAGCAGCAUCAUACUGCAGCUGCUUCUCGACUGGCCCAGGAGGGUGCUCUAUUGGGUGGAAAGCGGGAAACACUUGCAGAGUCUAACCCUGGAUGGCAAAAUCAGACAGGAGGUCUGGAGAGGCACCUGGACAGCAGACACCCAGAUGGCCUUAGACCUGGGCUCCGCUAGCAUUCUCUGGACUACCAAAGGGUCAGGGUUGCAAAGUCUGAGUCUCCUAAAAAAUAGAACGUACUCUUUGAACAAGUCCUGGAGUGAUGGGCUCAUCGCGGCCCAUGAGCCCUACCUGGUGACGGUGGACCAGGCAGCUCUUGUGCUGUGGAACAGGAAGACGCUGGAGCCCUUCUCAGUGCUGAAGGAAUCAUACGUAAAGAAAAUGAUCAUCUUGGCAGAGAACCAGGAGGUGCCGGAUCCUGAGAUUGAAGGAGCCACAAUGGUCCCUCCUACUCUUCCUCCUCCACCACCUCUACUAUGCACCCGGUCCUCUGUUCCCUGUCGGGAUGGGAAGGAAUGUAUUUCUCGGGAGUCCCUCUGUGACGGCCAGCGUGACUGUCAGGAUGGCUCCGAUGAAGAGAACUGCUCCCAGCUCUGCCACAAACCAGGAGUCUUCCAGUGUCUGGAUGGAAGAAGGUGCAUAGAGGAGAAAUACCACUGCGAUGGGGCUCAGCACUGCUUGGAUGGGUCUGAUGAGCUCAGCUGCUGGAAGCCUGUCGAAGAGUGUUCUCUGCGCUGUGACAACAAGACUCGCUGCAUCCCUAAGAGCUGGCUAUGUGAUGGAAACCCAGACUGUUCUGACAAGAGAGAUGAACAAGGAUGUGGUAGGUUUCAACGGGCUUCCUGAAAGUAUUUUAAACAGUAUUAGAGUUGCUGCUGCUUUUUCAUAGUAGGUAGGUUCUAAAUGAGCAGAUAUGGAACCAUCCUCAUUCCUGGAAGUAAUGCCAGGUUGGGUACCUAUAGAGCCUCUGGUCACAAUGUUUUUAUCAACUGACUGAUACUUAGCCUCUUUGCAUAUGUAUUUCUGUUGAAAGGUGUCAUGAUAUCUGUUGUUGAUUCAUCAGCAUUGAGCUCACAACACUGCCAUUCAGCCCUUAACACAGCUUACCUAAUACAGGUAUUUCUCCUUAAAGCAAGUCACAGCUAUCUUGUGCUCAGGAACAUUAGACAGCAUUUCAGCCCUGUGCUAGGAGGCCAUUCAAUAGAAAAAUCACCAAAA